AAAUGUCUGUGAAGGUGGUAGGCUUGACAGAAAGCCCUCCCCUCAAGAUCUUCACACACAGUAUGGCGGAUCGGGUCCUUGUCAUUGGCAGUGGAGGAAGAGAGCACGCUCUGGCUUGGAAAUUGGCACAGUCUCCUCAGGUGAAGCAGGUUCUGGUCGCUCCAGGAAAUGCUGGAACAGCAAAUGAUGGGAAAAUCUCAAAUUCAGCUGUUUUAAUUAGCAACCAUACUAUCCUUGCCCAGUUUUGCAAAGAUCAUAACAUUGGAUUUGUGAUUGCUGGUCCAGAAGCUUUGCUUGCAGCUGGAAUUGUUGAUGACUUAAUAGCAGCUGGAAUUAGAUGUUUUGGCCCUACAGCCAAGGUGGCACAAUUGGGAACAAACAGACAUUUUACUAACAUUUUCCUUGAUGAUCAUGGAAUUCCCACAGCAAGAUGGAAGGUAUUUUCAAAUCCUCAAGAAGCUUGCACUUUUAUUAACAAUGCAGAUUUCCCUGCGUUGGUGAUAAAGCCUCAUGGCUUUCGUCCUAGAAAAGGAGUAAUUCUUGCAUCCAACAGAGAGGAAGCUUGCAAAUUCACACAAGAAAUUCUGCAGGACAACAUCGUUGGACACACACAAAAGACAGUUAUAAUUGAAGAAUUCCUCGAAGGGGAAGAGAUUUCCUGCUUGUGCUUUCUGGAUGGAGUCACCUUUUCCCCCAUGCCACUAGUCCAGGUUCAGAAGCCAAUGCUGGAUGGAGAUCAAGGCCCAAGCACUACUGGAAUGGGAGCUUAUGGUCCUGUACCUAAGAUUCCUGAAGUUCUUCUGGCAAAAAUUAAAGGCACACUUCUUCAACAUAUUCUGGACAGCAUGAAACAGGAAGGAAUGUCAUAUGUAGGUGUGCUACAAAUGGAAUUCAUGCUUACCAAAGAUGGUGUGAAGGUCUUAAGCAUUGACUGUCAUUUUGGUGAUCUUCAAUGCCAGGUAGUUCUGCAGCUUCUUAAACAUGAUUUUUAUGAAGUGAUCCAAAGUGCUCUUGAUGGCAGGCUCUGUGAUUCUACAUUGACUUGGUCAGAUAAUUGCACUGCUGUGUCAAUUCUCAUAGCAAAUCAAGGCUAUCCGGAAUUCUGUAAUAAGGGUCAAGAGAUCACUGGACUCGGCCACGUUACAGAGUUAGGCCUGCAGGUCUUCCAUGGAGCUACCAUACUGAAGGAUGACAAAGUGUUGGUUAAUGGUGACAGAGUCCUGACAGUAACAGCUAUCAGGCAAGACCUCCUGUCAGCACUUGAAGAUGCCUACAAAGGACUAGCAGCCAUUUGUUUCGUGGGUGCUUCUUACAGAAAAGAUAUUGGCUACCCAGCACUCAGGUUCCUCAGACAGUCUGGGUAUGUAUAUACUUCCAUAGCUUGUAAUGUUUUGAUUCACCCACCUAAGCUACAAGCUGCAAAUGAUUCCAAAUCAGGUGGCCAUGGCCAUCAAGAGAACAUUCCUGUCUCCUUUGAUUUGAGAGCAUCUGGUUAUAUCGAUCCAAUUCUAGUGUCCCAAACUAAAGGCAUUGGGGCAAAAGUGAAGAUUGCCCAGCUGUGCAACAAGCAUGAUAUGAUCGGUCAAGACUUGGUUGCUAUGUGUGUCAAUGAUAUCCUGCUCCAGGGAGCUGAGCCCCUCUUCUUCCUUUACCAUUUUUCUUUUGGGAAACUGGAUGCUGGAAUAGCCCAGACAAUCACAGAUGGGAUGAUUGAAGCUUGUGAACGCGCAAGCUGUGCAGUCCUUGGGAGAAAAAUCAAUGAAAUGUCCAACACAUGGGCACCUGGAGAUUACAGCCUUGUUGGCUUUGUAGUCGGUGCUGUGGAACGAGAAAUGAAGCUUCCUCAGUCUGAGAGGAUUCUUGAUGGGGAUCUCCUAAUUGGAAUAUCUUCUUCUGGCCUUCACAGCCAAGGAUUUAGCCUUGUGAGGAAGGUUCUUUUAACAUCACCCCUACACUAUCUAUCCCUCGUUCCUGACGGGUGUAAUACCCAAACUAUAGGAGAGCUGUUGCUAACUCCAACGAAAAUCUAUAGCAAGGCUUUGCUGCCUGUUCUGCGCUCAGGAAAUGUGAAAGCCUGCAUCCCUAUUGCUGAAAAAGGGUUAAUUGGAAGCUUUUUCCAAAUCCUUCCUGAACAACUUACUGUAGUCUUGGAUGCUCAUAAUUGGAAGAUUCCUCUGAUUUUUUCUUGGCUCCAACAAGAAGGAAACCUUUCAGAAGGAGAGAUGCUCCAAAUGUUCAACUGUGGGAUUGGUGCUGUGCUAGUAGUUCAGAAGGAGGUUGCCAGACAGAUUUUGAAGGAUGUCCAGAAAUACGAUGACGCAUGGCUGAUUGGAGAAGUCGUUCCCUGUCUUUCAGGGUAUUGUCAGCUAGAAAUCAAGAACCUUCUUGCGGUAUUGCUGCAAAACAAAUACCCAUUCCUCAGGAAUAUUUCUACUGUAGACAGGCAGCUCCAAACAGUACGUACGAAAAACAAAGUGAAAGUGGCUGUUCUUACCUCAGGAACAGAGCCCGGAAGCUGCGUCCAAAUAGCCCUAGUCAUUUCCAAUAGAUCUGGAAUGGAAGAAUUGAAGACUGCAAUCCUGGCUGGUAUUCCUACCAGAGUCAUAGACCAUAAACUGUAUGGAAGCCGAUCAGAAUACGAUGGCACUAUUGACCAAGUCCUUGAAGAAUUCUCUGUUGAGCUGAUUUGUCUGGCAGGAUUUAUGAGAGUUUUUACUAGUAACUUCCUCAGAAAAUGGAAUGGGAAAAUUUUGGGCACUUAUCCAUCACUUUCACCUUUAACUAAAGGACGGAGUGUCCCCAAGUUCAUGUUCUCAUCUACAGAUGAAACUGCUGGUUGUACAGUUCAUUUUGUACUUGAGAAUAAUAGUCUUGAAGGCAUAAUUUUGCAGGAGCCUGUCUCUGUGAAGGAGGAAGACACAGAGAAGACCAUACAGGAAAAAGUCAAAGAAGCAGAGAACAGAGUCUUUCCCAUUGCUCUGCAGCUGGUUGCUAGUGGAAUGGUGCAGCUUGGGGAGAAUGGUGAACCCCACUGGAAGCGGGAAAGUCAGAUGCUGAUCUGUCAAAAAGAAAGACAGGACUGUUCCUCCUCUUGCACGCCUCUGUAGCAGCCAUUAUCAGCACAUGUGGCAGUAGCAAGAGCCAAAACUGCAAAUUAA